UCCACUUGGCCAGCAUCACUUGGAGUCCACAGACACGGCUCUGAUUGAGCCUCCUCAUCGUCCUCCGUCCUCACUCAGGAGCCGAGGUUGCAGCGCUCCACCCACGCCUUGCAAGAGUUACUCCGUCAUGCACACAACAAUUGGACGACUGUGUGUCACACCGCACAGCUCCACUUUUGCAAAGGAGAAGUGAUUAUAUUUUUAAAACAUUAUCCUGAGGGAGGUUGCAAGGAGCCUGGUGUAAAAAGUUGAACACGUCAAGGAGAUCUUUGACGGCACUGGGAAGUCGUUUAAGUGAUUUCUUUUGCGGAUUUAUAACUUUUUUUUUUUUUUUUUUGCUGUGGAGCUUGCCGUGAGGUGGCGGUGGUGGUGGUGGUGCAGCGGUGGAAUCCUCUGAGCGUAGCCGGGAGGAGAGCGCUCUGCGCCGGGGAACAGGCUGACCCACAGGACCGCACCUACGGAGGCAAGGUUAUGACGGAGCGCAGCUGAACAUGGAGCUUUUCUGGAUUUUGUUGUUUUCUAGCAUCUAUCCGUUUGCUCGCUGCCAAGGGGUUUACGCGCCAGCCAACGCCCAGAUUGUGCACUCGGGCGCUGCGUGCAACGUCAAGGACGAUAACAUCAGCGAGAGGAUCUACACCAUCAAAGAGGGAGACACGCUCGUGCUUCAGUGCAUUGUGAAAGGACACCCGAGACCACAGAUACGAUGGACAAAGACAGCUGGCAGCGCCUCAGACAAGUUCCAGGAGACAUCCAUCUACAACGAGACGCUGCGCAUCGAGAGCAUCCAGAGGGUGCAGGGAGGUCGCUACUACUGCAAAGCUGACAACGGGGUGGGGGUGGCUGCCAUCAAGUCCAUCCGUGUAGAUGUGCAGUACCUUGACACACCAGUUCUGACGGUUCACCAGACCAUCAGUGACGUGCGUGGAAGUUACUACCAAGAGAAGACGGUGUUCCUGCGCUGCACCGUCAACUCCAACCCGCCUGCUCGAUUUAUAUGGAAGCGCGCCAGCGUGCUCAUUGAACAAAGCAAAGACAAUGGUGUGGACAUCUAUGAGCCGCUUUACACUCAGGGUGAGACGAAGGUGCUGAAGCUGAAAAACCUGAGAAUGAAGGAUUUUGCUGAUUACACGUGUCAGGUGUCGGUUCGCAAUGUGUGUAACAUUGAAGACAAGUCAGUCACCUUCCGGCUCACAAAUGCCACAUCUCCUCCAAUGGUCCGACUGUCCGUCGAUGACACGGUGGUGGUGGAUCCCGGACAGGAUGUGAUCAUCACCUGCGAGGUGACCUCAGGGUUCCCCACUCCUAAUGUGAUGUGGUCGCGUUACCCGGGACCCCUUCCCCUCAACGCCCAAGUUCGGGGCGCCUCGCUCAUACUGCGGGCCGUCACACCGAUGGACGCUGGCUUCUACAACUGCACGGCGGUCAACAAUGUGGGCAACCCUGCUCGCAAGAAUGUCAAUGUUGUCGUCAGGACCAUGAGCAACCUGACCUUCCAAAUUACUCCGGAUUCCAACAAGGACAGCGAGACAAUCCAAAUGGGUCGUGACCUCAAGCUGUCCUGCCACGUGGACGCCACCCCUCAGGACAAGGUCAACUACACCUGGUACAAGAACGGUGCUCUGGUCUUCAACUCGGACAGCCUGAUCUUGCUACGCAGCGACCCCGACAUGGCGCCCGGGACCAGCAGCUUGGAGAUCGUGGACAUGAAAUUCCGAGAUUUGGCCACCUACAGCUGCGUGGCUAACUUUCCUGGCAGCAGCGUGCCGGAGCUCCGAGUGGAUGUCAACAUUUCCCAGAACAGUGUUUCUCCCCCAAUGCUGGCGGUCCCUCCAGGAGGUCAGGUGGUCAAUGCACGAGAAGGUGGCAACGCAGAGCUGGUGUGCUUGGUGGUGGACGGCAAGCCACGUCCGCCGAUCCUCUGGUCCCGCACAGAAAAGGACCUGCUGAUGCAGUCAGGGAAGACCGUGGUGGAGACACCCGACGGACGCCUGAGGCUGAGGAAUGUAAGCCGGGACAUGAUGGGGGCUUACCGCUGCCAGACUGCUCCUUACAACGGAUUGAACAUCAAGCGGCGAGAGGCGCAGGUUCAGCUCAAUGUGCAGUAUCCUCCCAUUGUGGAUCCAGUAUAUCAGGAUACCCGUGCAAGGAACUACCAGAUGGUGACCCUCAGGUGUUCCGCCCUGCGCUCCAACCCACCACGUAUUACGGACAUCCGCUGGUUCCGCAAUGGCGACUUCAUCCGUAUGCCCAUGCCGGACCUGAAGGAGACCCCCGAGCUCAAGUUUAAGCUGGAGCCUACCAACAACGGCUCAUACGAGUGCAGAGUCAGCAAUAGUGCAGGGACAUCCACAUGCAGAUUUAAUGUCUCUGCACGACCUUACAACGCCGAAUUCUACUUUGACACGCCCAACCCGGUGAGGAUUCUGAAAGGGAACAACUACUCUUACAACUUGCAGUGGACCCAAAGAGAACCCGAGGCUACAGAUCGAAUCAUUGGCUACUGGAUCAAUGUCCGAAAGAACAAGCAGAACCUGCCGCCAAAGCACAUAGACCUCCAGGGGAAGGAGCCAGAGAAGGGGGUGCUCAUGUCCUACACCAUUCCAGACCUGAGAAUCCCUCUUUCCUAUGAGGUCCGACUGGCCCCCAUCACCACCUACAGCACUGGGGAAUACGUCAGUCGUGUCAUCCAGUAUUCUGAGCCUUACACCUAUCCAAGACCUUCAGACCAUGUGUGUGGUUUUGAGGAUGAGAGGAUCUGUGGUUUUUCUCAAGACCGUAGCGAUGUCUUUGACUGGACACGACAGAAUCACCUGACCCAGAAUCCCAAACGAUCUGCCAAUACAGGCCCAGAGACAGACCGCAGUGGAACCAAAGAAGGCUACUACAUGUACAUCGAGGCAUCUCGACCUCGGGUUCAAGGGGACAAGGCUCGCAUGCUGUCUCCACUUUUUAACGUGACCACGGUCAGAGGUCCCAAGGGGUCUGGCAGAGUACCUUACUGCGUCUCCUUCUACUAUCACAUGAAGGGCAAACACAUUGGCACUCUAAAUGUUCUCCUGAGAGUGAGGAGCAUUGCGUCUGUGGACACCUUGUUGUGGACCAAGUCAGGUCACCAAGGCCCCAAUUGGAAGAAAGCAUACUUUGACAUCAAUCCCAGUGGACCAUUCCAGAUUGUUUUUGAAGGAAUCCGAGGGCCGAGCUUUGAGGGCGACAUCGCUAUCGACGACGUGUCCUUCACCGUAGGCAAAUGCAAGCAGGAGAACACUGUAGCCAGCGCAGGUAAGACAGUUCUGAUCGGUGGAUCACAGGCGCUCCCAUUAGCCAGCUGGCUGACCUUUGGCCUGUCCUGCAUCCUUGCCCUGCUGUGCAGAUGAUGAGCGGCCGCUGGAGCGCCACCUUCUGUCUGUGCUGACAGACACUGCCCUGACUCGCGUUCUUUUACUUCUUCUCUCGACCCAACUCCCGGACGUCCCUUUCUCUCUCCCUGUCCACUUUGUCCUUUGUGCAUCCAUUAUGACAUGCCAGCAUUAAAUAUCCAUGUUUUUCUUGAUUUAAACACAUACUCUAACAAAUGUAAUCAUGUAUUUAAGGCUAACAUCUCCUCUAUUAGUCUAUUAGUUAGAUUUCCUUAUAACCAUGUCGGUGUCCCUCGUCUCCUCCAUGUAUUACCACCGAAAUUCCACAAUUCCCCAAAUUCCACAAUCCCCAUCGCCCCCUUUUCCCACUCCAGACACGCUAAAGUGUCGGACACUCUACCAAAGAUGACCUGAGGGAAUAGAAUGGGAGAAACAGGAUUCCAGGGAACUGGUGAAAGAGAGAAAUAACGUGGGCGAAUCUGUCCUUUUCGCUGAGACAGAUCACACGAACUGAAGAAUAAAUGAAACGCAAAUGGAGGAAGAAGAAGGACGCUUCUGGUCGCCUCUUUGCUGGCCACGAGCUCCAUAUGGAUUAUACGUGUACAUUUAUCACUAUAUAUUAAAUAUAAGCAAAGUUUAAAUAUAAGCAGUACAGCAGAGGACUCUACGAACUGAAAUUAAAGAAGCACAACAUUUAUACAACCUCUGUUGUUCCUUUGGGUUUUAUGUGGUGUUGCAGUUUGUCCGAGCAGCAAUUCCGUGUUUUUUUUAUAUUUUCGUUUAUGGACAAUGGGUGAGACAUCUAUCAGAGAAAGUACAACACAGGUGUCAGAUUGAAGAGAAGGAAAUGUGUGUUGCACACGACAGGUCACCGAAGACGCUAACGUGUACAGUAUGUAGCUGCUACUGUGUGGUGCGGAUGACGUAAGUACAGAAUCUGCCGACAUUGUUUCACUCCGAAUGUCUGUCUUGUCAAUGGUCACUUAAAGGAAAACUGCACCUUUUUUUGGAAUUUUUUUUUUAAUCAUCCACAAUCCUGUGAAACAUGAACACAUAUAUGUCUUUCUGUUUUCUGUUCAUUCUACAGAUUUAAAAAGAGCUAAAAAAAAAAAGACGCAGCUAAGAAUGCACGUAAUGGGAAUCACCUAUUCCGCCUUCUGAAAAAACGAAAAAAAACGCCAACAACGCUCCAUUUACAUAUGAUGUGACGUUCAUAUUAACCAAGCUACAGCGACAUUGUAAUUAUUAUUAUUAACACUGUUGCGCUAAAGAACUACUUUACCUGUGUAUUGACACCUUGCCACACCACACCGGCUAGCUAGUCGCUGGCUAGCGACUAGCUUCACCACACACUCGCCCACAGCGCGUCAGCACCGCGCUCACAAUGCCUCAGCUCACUACCGAAAGGUAACGCUACAUAUUGAAGCUGCUGUGUUUCUGUUUUUGAGUUAGCAAAGUUCAUGCUUGGUGUAGUGUACAGUAUGUUUCUAUGUUGCUAUGUGAAAUCAAUUCGCCCAGGAAGGAAGUUCCGGUAAUGCUUAAAAGGACCAAAAUACGGCAAAAUACUGUAAGUACUACAUGUUAUCAUGAAUGUACCUGUUACUACAUAGUCACAGCAUGGAUAUAAAACCAUAAAAUCUUGUUAGAGGUUGUUGGAGGUGUUUUAAUAGCGGUCUUUGUAGGCAGAAUAGAAUGACCAGAAAAGAGAAAGACGUGUGCAUGUCUUUCGUAAAGAUUCGCGAAAUUUUAAAAUAAAGUGCAGUUUUCCUUUAAAUAUCACAGCUGCCCAAUGAAAAGCAAGUAUCUCAAGUGUCUUGUUUGCAUUUCAGAAAGUUUGGAGAUAUGUUUUUCAUUGGAGAACAAUGUUAUGAUUGUUAAACUCAAGCAAUACGCAUAUGUAGAGCUGCAUAAGCCAUAGCUUAUGAUUCCAUCUCUGAUAGCAUCUCAUCAUCGAGUCCCAUGAAUGAGUUUUGAUGUAAUAUGAUGCGUUUAUUCCUGCAGGUCUAUACUGUGAGUGCACCUGUAGCCGCUUUAAUCAUUCAUGGUAGUAUAUUUGCUUUGGUAUCUCCAUCAUAACUCCCUGUUUUGAUUCUGGCCUCUGUGUUUCGCCCGUGUCGCGUCACAUUUUUGAUCAUCUUUAUGUGUUUUUUUAACUUACGUUUUGCCUCCAAAGCACAAGCUAUGGCUAAGGGUGAUGUGUUACGUCGUGCCACUUUUUUUUGUUCCCGCGACUGUUGGUCAUGUUGGACAAAGCGCUACAGAUGGAUGAAUUAAACCAAGCGAAGCAAGCGGACCUGAAGUUCCAAA